GCUGAACACGUUUUGAAUGAGGAAAUGGGUCUUUAAACAGGUAGUCGCUGCAGUUUGUUGUGUUUUAGGUGCUACAGAGUGUAGAACGUCAACAUGGACAGAGUUGUGUUGCUCCUCGCUGUUGUGAGCGCCCUCGGUCCCGCUGCGGAGGCUUUAGACAAUGGCCUGGCGCUGAAACCCACAAUGGGCUGGCUGCACUGGGAGAGAUUCAUGUGUAACAUAAACUGUGACCGCGACCCCGAGAACUGCAUCAGUGAGCAGCUGUACAUGCAGAUGGCAGAUGUGAUGGUGAAGGAGGGCUGGAAGGACGCAGGUUAUGAGUAUGUCUGCAUUGAUGACUGUUGGCCAUCCUAUCAGCGCGACGCCCAGGGCCGCCUGCAGGCAGACCCCCAAAGAUUCCCGGGGGGCAUCAAGAAACUAGCCGACUACGUUCAUUCUAAGGGUCUGAAGCUGGGGAUCUACGGAGAUGUUGGAAAGAAAACGUGUGCUGGAUACCCUGGGAGUCAGGGUUACUAUGAGACAGAUGCCAAGACAUUUGCUGACUGGGGAGUGGAUCUGCUAAAAUUUGAUGGCUGUUACAUGAACUGGACGAUGCUGGGAGAAGGCUACAUAAACAUGUCAAGAGCACUGAACAAAACUGGGAAAAGUAUCCUGUACUCCUGCGAGUGGCCUUUGUACGAGUGGGCUUAUCACAAGCCCAACUACACAGCCAUUCGUGAGACAUGCAACCACUGGCGCAACUUUGAUGACGUAUUCGACUCCUGGAGCUCUAUCAAGUCCAUCUUGGACUGGACUUCCUCUCAUCAAGACAUCAUCCUCCCCGUGGCUGGGCCUGGGGGCUGGAACGACCCCGAUAUGCUGGUAAUUGGGAACUAUGGCCUCAGUCAUGACCAGCAGGAGUCUCAGAUGGCAUUUUGGGCCAUUAUGGCUGCGCCUCUGCUCAUGUCCAAUGAUCUGAGGAACAUUUGCCCUCGCUCCAAGAAGCUGCUGCAGAACAAACUCAUUAUAGACAUCAGCCAGGACCCACUGGGCAAACAGGGGUCCUGCACAGGAAAGUUUGACAGCUUUGAAGUAUGGGAGAGGCCCCUUUCAAACAACCGCCUGGCAGUUGCUGUGCUGAACAGACAGGAGAUGGGUGGUCCCCGAGGUUUGGUCGCCAUAGCUAUUCCCGGCUGGAAGAUCUGCAACCCACAAUGCAACGUCACACAGAUCCUGCCUGAAUACAAAGAGAUGGGUGUUCAGCCUCUAUUGAGCAAACUAGUUCUGUCGGUCAACCCAUCAGGCACUGCUCUGCUGACCAUCACGCCCAUCGGUAAAAGGGUUGACAUGCACAAAUCGCACUGGCAGGAUACAUCUGGCCAAAGACGACGUGUCACUAUUUUGUAGUCUUCAGGUGCUUGUGCAUUUCUCUGCACAGCUCAUUCUUUUAUAAAGAUUUUAAAAAUGUUAUUCAUUUGUUUAAAUACUUGAAAAAGGGACUGAUGGUUGUCUUUCUUAGCUUAAUAAAUUGUAUUCUAAUUAUCCCAAAACUGUCUUGAGGUGAAGGAAGGGCCAAACUCCAGAGUAAAUCUUAACAUCUUUAUUGAAAAUUUUGAUCCAGAAGAGUGGACCCAGUUUAGAACUGGAUGACCUGGCCCUGUAAGAAAACAAACAAAAUGAAUCAUUAAGAAUAGAUGCAGCCCACUGAAUUUUGACAACUAAAAACAUGGUAAAAUAUUUGGCUUGACCAGAUUCUCAACAAUCUGUUGAAAUAUACAAGUCAAACAACAAGUUCUGUCACACUGUGCAUAAUUACAAGGACUAAUUGCUGUUAUAAACUUAGGAAAGUUUUAUAUUUGACUUUAUCAUUGGACCAGUCUACCACUCGCUGAUCACUACAAACAUUGAUGAUUGUUUUACUACUUGGUCUCAUGUCAUCUGUACCAGUGCAUACAAUGUAAAAUUCUAAAUAAAAAAAUAUUUACAUUAA